UUCUCUUCGAAUAAUCUAAGGAGACUAGUUCUCGAGAGCUUCUCUCGAGGCCAUGGCGAGCUCCAUUGUGGUGUUUGAUUUCGACUGGAGCCUCAUCAAUUGUAACAGUGAUACAUUCGUGGUGGAGCAAAUGGGCGCUUCGGAUCUAAUGCGUUCUUUGCGAAGAAGUCUCCCUUGGACGGAUCUAAUGGAUACUAUGAUGGUGGAGAUCAUGUCUCGAGGAAGAACUCUAGCCGAGAUCGAAGCGAGCUUGCGAACGAUCCCGCUCGAUUCCUCCAUGUCGAGAGCCAUCAGAGCAGUAGCAGCAGCUGGAUACGAGCUUCAGAUUAUUAGCGAUGCCAACACGCUUUUCAUCCAAACUAUCCUCGACAACUUCAAUCUCACUCGAUUCUUCUCCGAGAUUCACACAAAUCCCGCGAGUCUUGACGAUCAUGGCCUGCUUAGAGUCCGGCCGUAUCAAUCUUCCGAAGUUCCUCAUGGUUGCUUGAUUUGUCCUCCAAAUAUGUGCAAGGGUCUUAUUCUCGAUAGAAUUCUCAGCUCCAAACCAGCUGAAAAUCGAGUAGUUUACAUUGGAGAUGGUCGAGGAGAUAUCUGCCCUUCUCUGCGGCUCAAAGUAGAUGACCAUCUUCUAGCUCGAGUCGAAUUUCCCCUGGCAAAGCACAUAGAGAACAAUCGUGAGAUUUUCAAAGCCAACCUCCAUCUCUGGAGCUCUCCAAAAGACAUUGAAAACCAUUUGCUUGAUAUACUAGACCUCAGGGCGACGUAAGAUCAACUCUUCAUGCUGUGUAGGCGGCCAUGAACAUCACAAGCGCCGUCGCAGUGGAGCGCACCCCAUCUCGCAUCCACACGCUCGCAAGAAAAUUGAGGCUUUCCAAGACUGUGCGCAUCAAAAUUGUUAUGCAAAACCAAGAACUUUCAGAUACUCUCUACCUUCUAUUGACAA